CGAGACGCAUAUGAUUUUGCUUACUUGAAAUUUCUAUGAUAAAAUUUAGAAUAUUUAUUUUACCAACUCAAGAGAUAUAGACCCCUUGCACCAAUUCCCCAUCCGGAGAUCUAAACAAUUAAGUUUUCUUUUCUUGAGAUUGUACACGCAAGAGUUCUGUAUGUAUGAUUACAAUACAAGAGUAUUCGUUGGCGUGAGCCUUUUGUGACGAUUUGUGAAGGAACCAAAAAAAAUGCAUUUUUGACCUCAGGAACCCCUACAGGAAGCCCAAGUAAAGAUAGUCUUCCAGGUGUAUCUUGGAUGUGUUGAAGCAUAUCGAGUCACGAUUCUGUCUUACUUAACACUCAACGCCAAGACAAACUAAAGUCACAUUGAGAAUCAAAGGUCGUGUUCGUAUCAAGGUUCUCCUAACUGGGUUAAUUAUUCUGACUUUGUCUUCAAGGUUAUGGAGCGUCUUCUACUAUCUUUGUUAAUCAUUCUUCUGAUUGUAAAAGGUCACAAGUCAGACGUUGCUGUUCGUCUUUUGGACGGUAAGACUCCUAACGAGGGACGUCUAGAAGUAAGAUACAAUGGUACUUGGGGUACCAUAUGCAAUGAUAGCUGGGAUAUGCAUGAGGCUUACGUGGUGUGUCACAUGCUGCAUUACUCUAAGGCAGUUGCAGCAACAACUGCUAGCAUCAAAGGAACUGGUCAAAUAUGGCUUAAAGGCAUUCGUUGCUUGGGAUCCGAAGAAUCUAUUGACCAGUGUCGUCAUGUUGGCUGGGGUAACACUGCUGGGUGUGAUCACAGUAGAGAUGUUGGAGUGGUAUGUGGCAAUUUAACGCAAGAGGAAAAAGCAAUGAAAGUACGUCUGAUAGGCGAUCAGUCCGCUGGACAAUUGGAGAUCCAAUUCAACGGGACCUGGGGAGUAGUAUGUAGGUUUGGAUGGGAUAUACAAGAUGUUCACGUGAUCUGCAGAAUGCUCGGUUACAAAGCAGGCAAGCACUCAAUCACGCUUAUUGAAGGAGAGAAGAGAAGAAAAACUCUUUUCAAUGAUGUAGGAUGCAGCGGUAAAGAAAAAUCAAUUGCAGAAUGCUAUCACGGUCAGUACUGGGAAUAUACUUGCCCAGUGGGAGACAUGGCUGGCGUGGUUUGCCAUGACGACGAUCCUCCACCAGUUCAAGUUCGUUUAGCUGGAGGAAGGUCAGCCAAUUCUGGGCGACUCGAAGUCAGGUACCAUGGUCAGUGGGGUACUGUAUGUAGUGCUGGAUGGGAGAUGAAAGACGCUGAGGUAGUGUGUCGCAUGCUUGGUUACCCUGGAGUACAGAAAUACAAAACCAGUGACUUUGCACCCGUUAAAGGCAUAGUUUGGUUGAGUACUAUACUUUGUAAGGGGACAGAAGUGUCAAUUGUCAACUGCAAACGUCUAGCGUGGGGAAAUGCAGGCUGUGGCCAUUUUAUAGAUGUUGGAGUGACAUGUAAAAUUGCCUCAGCUCCACGAUUUGUAGUAAGCAGCGAAUCUGAUGGACCAUCAUACACAACUGCUAUGCUUGUUUUCAACACGACAACAACUGAAAAAGAGAAAAACAUAACAAAAUCUUUCCAAAUUUCUAUCACCAAACUAGAAGUUUCAAGUCUUAACUGCUACAGAUCAUCCAUGAAAGUUAACCAACCGUACGUGACGGCCGAGAUCCUGGGUUCUAAUUUAGUUGGUAAUUUUACAAUUGGUGAUGGCAGCUAUUACCAAGGUUACUAUAACACACCGUUAGAAUCUGGGUCUACAUACCGAGUGUUUGUAAGGGCAGUCACAAUGGCACAGAAUGGGGGUAAUAAUUAUGGAGAUGCUGCCAAUGUUACUUUUACGACAAGAGUGAAAAAUUGCGAAGGUAUGUGAGUGAUUGUUAAAAUAUGCGGCACAUGGCUGGGUCACAGUACAUUAAAUCACUCACUCACUACCGUAGCAAUGGGGACUAUCACAUUCACUGCCCGGAACUUCCACCCCACGGCACUUCCACCUCAUCCACUUCCACCGCACGACAUUUCCUUCGCGCGGCAUCUCAACCAUACGACACAUCCACUGCACGGUGCUUCUACCUCAAGGAUCUUACAUACAACAAUGACUUAUAUUUUUACGACUACAAAUUCAAUACAAUUUUUUUCUAUUGUUACCAGGCAUUUUUGACAUCUGAAAAUGCCUAGUUUCAAGUCACAAUGUCUAUGUGAUCAUUAUUCUGAUGAUCGAAUGAUUUGAGCAUCAGAAUCAUGAGCAAAUACAGUUGUAAAAUUUUGAAGCAAUCGAAAUUUUGUAACAUGGAUCAGAUUGAUCUUGUUGUCUUGGUUAAACAAUAAGAAUACUUUAUUCAAAAUGGGACAUUACUUUUCAUUUUUGUACCAUGAAGACCUCAAGAAAUCCAGAGGGUGAGGGGCUGAACGAAAUAAAAAUUCUUGGGCGUUUUAGAGAAAAAAGUAAAUAUUUGACAAUCUUACGGUAACCAUUUUUUUAGGAGA